AUGCAUUUCUCAAAGACCCUCGCCUCCGCAGCGCUCCUCGUCCUGCCCGCCUGUGCAGCUUUCCCCGUCGCCAGCGUUGAGUUUCAAUCAUGGGAGACCUGCCCCGUUGGCGCACCAGCCUUGGGCGAGCCCAAGUUCAAGGCCGCUGUGACCGCAACUCCAGUAACUUGCGACAAGGCGACCGUCAACCGCGACUGGAGCAUCGACAACUACGCCUUCAAGGCAUACCUCGACACCAAAGACGCUCUCCUGUGCUCUGGCGUCACUAUCUGGAACAACGAUGACUGCUCUGGCGAGCCUGUCUCCUUCCUGCCCUUCGAUGGGGAGCCUGUCGUGCAGGGCCAGUGCCUGCCCGACAUCCUCGACCCUGGCUAUGUCUCAUUCAGGCUCGAAUGCUUUGGCUUCCCCGGUGGUCCUGGUUUCACUAAUGGCCCUCAGGUUUCUGACGGUGGUGAGGAGUCCGAUGGGCCUGAGGGCUAUUAA